AUGGUUGAGGGUUUCGUACCUAGACUAACAACUUGCGUCAGGACAUGCCUGAUCUGGAGCGAUCUUAUGGAAUCCAGGCUCUCGCUGACCCAACCCAUCUUCUUCCUCCCUCUCCUUCUCCCUCCCCCUCCCCCUCUCCCUCUCCCUCUCCCUCCCCCUGCCCCAAAACCUUCAGGUUCCCGCGUCGAACGAGAAGACGACCGGGAGAAACAGAACAAGCUUCCCCUUUGAUGUCCAGACGGCCAGUUGAGCGGCUCUUUUAUGGAAACCCAUGUGGUGAAGACGACGACCCCAAGCUCACGCACCACCUUCUGACCUGCCCAAUAUGAAGCCGGCCCAAUACUGAAUACCGGCCCAAUAGUGAUGGGAGAAUGAUCGAUGGGCAAGGAGUCUUUUUUCUAAGAAAAAUAUUGAAAAUGUGUAAAAAAUCAUUUAUUAAGUUAUUAUGACUUUAAAAUACGUACGUUAAAAUGGUUUUAUAAUUUUUAAUUAAUAAAAAAUAUUUAAAAACUUAAAUGAAGUUUGUCCGGUAAUAUAUUCCGAUAUAACUUUGACUCGGAAGGCCAGGUUCUGGAUUGGGCCAGUUUUUUAGGAUUUUUUUAUGAUUAAUGGGCCGGUCGGCCCGAGAGCUGCGCUUAACGGGCCAUCCGCUGCCGGUGACUGCACUCCUAGAAAGCUCGAGAUUUGAAUGCUGUGGCCAUUUGUGGGCAAGAGGCAUUUAUGGAAAGUUUUUCUCCGAGGCAGUUAAUAAGGAGGGAGAGCAGGGAAGCUCCGUUUCUCACAGAGGGAACGCGGGGAGGAAGGGGAGGGGAGGGAGAGUGGAAGAUGAAGAUCGCCGCAGAUAUGGCGAAAUUCGUUGCGGAGGUUUGCGCCCGGGCGGUGGUGCGUCCGGAACAACGUUUGGCCUCUGUCGCAACGCUGCUCCAGGUAACAUUCAUGGAUUUGAGCCCCCGCUUCAGUAGGUAGGAAGAUGUUAUCGGCAGUCAUUCUCCUUCAAGUUAUGCUGCCGGGUAUAGUAAAUCUCGUGCUCUGUCGGAUUUCCACGUUUGACGCUGAGCGUUUAACUCUAUGCUAUUCCACGGUAUCGUUCGAUGUUCUUAAGAUAUCGUGAAGUUGGAUUGCACCUCUCGUUUUAUUCCAUCUCCUGACUCCAUCCAUUUAUCAUUGUCAUGUUGAACGAUUUGGGAACGAGAAUGUUAUUCGUAAAUUAUUCGCAACUAUGAUUUUCGAUAUCUGCUGUCGUAUUAGAUGAAAAUUACUUUCCUUCAUCUGAAGUUUUCUGAUAACGGCAUUCGUGUACCCGAUGAAGGCCGGCCAAUGUCGGAAAGUUACUUCUAAUCCUAAAUCAUGGAUCACCACAGUAACGCCGGAAUUAUUGGGAAAAAAUGAGCAGUUACACGAGUCGCAAGCGGGAAAAGUAAUUGGGAUUCAAGUAGGUUUUGUCAAUUCACAGGGUUGGCAAAUCAGAUUCUCAAGAGAGCCUGGCGUCGGGGGCACUUUUGUAAGGCCCAAAGCUGCUUCUAGCUGCAGGUGACGGCCUAGUAUGGCUCAAACUCCUUCAGGAAGAACGCAUCAACCACACAUGGACACCAGAGCAUCCCUUUUCGUUCAUGCUUGUCAUUCAUUCAAUACGGUAUGCCGUGUAAUUGUGUAUUUAGAAACAAUAGUCAUUCAGAGUUUUCGAUCUGACAAAUGUAAAGCAAACGAAAGGAAGUAUCAUGUUAGUGCCACAGGCCAUUCUUCUGAUCAUCAAACAACACUCCCUUUUCAGAAUCACAAUGUUUCUAGACUUUGAGCUGAAGUCCCAAGUAGACCUGAGUAACGGCUUACCUCGUGUAGACGUGGAGACCUAUUUUGAAGGUCGCAGUGAGAAAAAGGACAGAGAGGAAGAGGAGAUGGAAAGAGUUCCGCAAAAGGAAACCACCAGGUGUCUUCAGCAUUCUCCCAUAACCCAUCACAUUACUGGUCUCACUGUAGGAGAAGACGAAACUGACAUCUAUGUUCUUCUGCAUCGACCAGUUUUUCCCAUUUCCAGGCAUAAUCACACCAUGUAUCUGGAUCAUUCCCGCGGUAAUGUGGAUUGAGCUCGAGGGCCGAGCCGUGGAAUGAUGUUGAACUGUCUGAGAUCCCUUCAUUGGGUGUCCUUCCCCACAUGCAGGAGGUGGAGAGAUUGCAUCUAACAUGUUGAAAAGAUGUUUCGACAGUGCCUUUUCCCAGGUGUUACCUGAUUGUAAAUCUGCAUCACAGUUUCGAACGAACGUAGUUAAGAAAAUGCCAUUGAUGUACCAAAAACUACUGUCUACCAAUAGCAAAGCAAUGCGAGACAGUGCCAUUCAAGAGACGAGGGGCGAAAUAACAGAUGACAUACGGAUGCCCGGAAUGCAAGUAGACAAGAGAUUAUGCUCAGUUAUAAGUUUGAUGUUUAUGAACAAGUCAGUAUAAGCGCUAGAUUCGUUGAUUAAGUGAACUUAGAGACAUUUUCUCAAUAUGAUUCAAGGAGAACAUGGUUCAGCAUAUAUGUUGAAUACCUUCCUCAGAACUUCACUUUUAUGAUUUCAAGCUACCAAACAAGCUGUUAAGCUUAAAACUAUACGAGAUUGAAGUUGGACUUGAACAUUUACAAAUAUAUUCAAUCUCUUCAAAUAUAAAUAUCACACUACCUCCUUCGGAAACUGGCAGUGAAUUUUAGUCAUGGAAAGUGGAAAGACAAAAUGGCAAAGGCAAUGACAAGUACCAGAAUGGAUGGUGCUGGCUGCCUGAGGUAGAUUCGUAAGCUCGUUUCAUUUUUAUUAUCUGUAAAUGACUAUCAGGGAUGGCAAUGCGGAUGAGAAAGGAAGCAACAAAACGACCAGUUAAAGAACUUAGCCGGGCUUGAGCUAGAUUCCAAUUGACGAGGACCACUUAAGUCACACUGACGAAUGAGGCUUUUAACUUGAACUUAGUGUUGGUUAUCCAAACAGCCAAGGUUUCUCAGGUAUACAAUCAAACUUCACAUAGGACACGAAAAUUGCUGUUAAGGUAAAAAUAUGACCCAAGACAUCCUUUGGGGAUCAUUGGUGCACAGGUAGUCAAGCAUAUGCUCGUCCUUUUUGGAAGCCCCUAAAAAGUUGAGUCAACAGAGGGAAUCAAAGUAGAGACCCAUCUUACAUGCUGACCACACGCCCAUCCACGAAUUUUUCAUUUAGCUUUUCAUUUGAACAUUUUUUUUUAAGAUUCUUAUAAACUAUUGAAAAGCUCUUUCAACAAUUUACCUCACUUUCAUCUGGUCUAGGUGCUAGAUUUAUCUCUGUAAAACAAUGGAUAAUUCUCUAGAAUAGUACAUGCACUAAAUGACUACCCGAUUUUCCAAGAUUUAGGAUAUAAAAAUUGAGGGUUCUUAUAGAGAAGAACAGGGAAUGGAUGAGAACCAUGUCCCUCUAUAUCUAGAGAUGGGUGCCUUUUUUCACAGUAGCUUUUUUUAUUCUUUCAAGUUUAAAGCACUUCUGGAGUCCGUGAGUUAUCUUACCCGUGGCACACACUAAUUUCCAGGGUUUUGAAUGCAUUAUUUCCAGUGAAUGGAAAGGCUGGAUCACUCAUCAUUAGUGCUGUAUUCUUGUCAACAUCCGAUGUAUUUUACGUUUUGAACAUUUUGAAGAUUCUUACCUCAUGAAUAUCUGGUUGGGUUCUUAAGGAUCAUUACUUUUGGCAUGAGAUCCAACUGUAGGACGUUUGAAACCAAGAUGCAUGUCAUAACUAGUUCUGUCUCCCCACAUCAAUAAAAACUAGCACUGCCCACCCUGAAAGUGAAAAUACCUCAUUCUCAUUUCCUCAUACACGAUGUUUUUUCCCCCAUGUCACACCACUAAUUUUCUCUAUGAGCUGAAAUCCCACAAGGCAUCAACAAAUUCACAUCGAUUUCCCCGGGAAACCUACGUUAAAGUUUUAGCCGCUUCAUCUCAGAGAGGCAUUUUUUACUGAACUUGAAUCGGAGAACCACGACAAGGGAUAUAGAAUGAACUAGCGCACCAAACAUUUUCGGCAGAAAGAUGUCUACAUCCCCAAACGACACUUUUUUUUUGUCCAGGAAUCCACAACCUUCCCUCUACACAAGCCCAUAAACUCAGACCAUGUAACACCUCUAAUUCUCAAGCACAAUCUCCCUAACUCAUCUGUGCUCUGCCAACAAGGUAAGAUUCGUCCCUCAGAAAUCCCUCACAUAUGUAUCCGAUAGAACAAGAACAGCAUGGAAAAAACAAAUAGAAGUCUUAUUUUCUGGCUGUUGGAUUUAAGGUCAAGCCUUUAAAAACCACUUACAAAAAAACCAUACGCCUAAGCUCACUCUUUGUCAGACAGUUGCUAACAAUCCCUUGAUGUGGGACCACAGUUCAGCUGAACGAUUAGAAAAUAAUUCACUAUAAAAUGAUCAUGUAUCUCCAUAUCGAAUCAGUCUUUUAGCCGCUUUGCCUACACACUGAUUUUUUUUUAAAACACUAUGGGGGAACUUCUGUCCCACCUACAAGGAGACUGAAAAAACUGCUUCACGGGUAGAUCAUGAUUGAUUUGAUUACUGAGUGUGACUUUAUAAAUCUCCCAUGCCACAAUCAUUGAAGUGCAGGUCAUGGACAAUUCAAGGGAAGAACCAAAACAGACACUCCUGUGUGACGAGAUCUGAUGGUGGAUUCUCUUCUACUAUUUUGGGAGGCACUAAACACAUAAGCAAUCGUGAAAUGAUAGCAAGAUUUUGAUGUGCUUAGUAAGAUGUAUCCUAGCUCAAGUUCAUGGAAGAUAAACUGAUGAUGGUGAUGAUGGUGAUGAUGAUGAUGACGACGACGAUGAUCUAUGCAGAUAUUACAUUCAAAAUGAUACUUGAACAAAUAAAUUGGUCUAUCGAUUUUGAUAAUCACAAGGGAAUGCUAUCAGGUAAUAUGCAUAUGAAGUACUUCAUAAACACCAUGGCAUAUCGCCAUAGAGGGACUGAAUUUUAUUGUAUAAAGGACCCUUUGAUGCAUGCACACAGAGAAAGAGAAUCUCAUCCCUGCCUAGGAUCAUUGCCCCAUGAUCACAUAAACAGGUGCACCGAGUGGUAAAAACCGGGUGACUUUGGAGAUAAGCUAGAUGCAGAGCCAAUCAACCAACUUACAGAACCAUGAUGAGGCCUCCGAGGUACUUGUCCAGGCAGAGCUACUAUCUAUUUAGCACCCAACCAAAACCCAAUUCAUCGGAAAACCAUUGCCACAAGGAAUUACCGACAAAUCUACUGAGUGAGAGAAGUGUACCUGUGUCACCAUGGAUAUCAACACCUUGAGAACCUGAUUGCUUGCCAGCAUCUGGUGCUGAUGAUGGGGAAGCGCUACUACAACUUGCCUCUGCUGGUGAUCGCAAGGGUGCAUUGUCUGCUUCUGUAUGGUCCAUAUUAGUCACCUGUUAUAGAAUAAUACAAUGUCCAUGAAUGAGAUUCUUCUGCAUUUAUUUAAGCAUACAAAUAUCUCAAGGAAUAACUUAGUAAAUAUUCAGUAACUAAAUUUUCACUUGUAGUAUCAAAACCAAGGGCAUCAAUAACAUGCAGUAUGAUCAUUUGUAAUCAUGAGAUCAAUCAAUCUUGUAGAUUCAAAUUGUUGGCAUGACAUAUAUUCAACGGGUUUUUAUCUAAACAGUUUGCAGUAUUACAUUGACGUACUUUUUUCCAAACGGAAUGGCUAUCGGGUCCUCGGAGAUGACUUACCACAGGAGCAAGGCCAGGCUGGUUUGCAGAAGAAGCCCCACUGCCGAUAUCCAAAUCAGAAGGCUGCAAGUUCUCUGUCGCAUCAAAGUAUGCCAUUAUCUCGUCCAUGAGAUCGUUUUCACCGCCCAUGGUAGCAUCAAGAAAACAGUUCAUCCCUGAAGAAAAGUCACGAUCACCAUGUGGGUAAUGGCUGGUCGCGUCAAAGUACACCAGCCCAUCAUCAGCUGCCUCACCAGAAGAACAGCCGUGAGGUUCAGAACCUGCAAGAUCGCCCAGCGCCAAGAAGCGCUUGUCCCCGCCAGUUUCAGAGAACUGUCUGGACAGGUCGUCGUCGUCGUCGCUCUCAUCAUUGAGCGCAAAAUAUUCUUUCACAUCAUUCAGAUCCUCCUUGCAGGAAUCUUCAUGGUUAUGAAUAAUUUCUCCAGGGUAAGCAGCAGCAUCCUCCUGGUUAUUGGCGCCCACAGAAUCAGCGAAGUCGUCCAGCUCCAGGUAACCGUCUUUGAGAACCGCAUGACUCCUCCGUUGAUCUGUGUUAUGAUCCCCUUCUUGCAGCUCACGGCCCUCUGUGCUACCAUCCACAACAUUGCUGAGCUCCUGUUCAUGGCAGUCAUUGAGGUCGCCGCCAUGGCCGCCGGUUAUCAGCAAGAGGACGGGCUUCUGGUCUUCGUCGCCCUGGUCUGCGUUCUGCACGCAGAAGAAAUCCGUGCAAAAAGGGUCAACGGCUCGGAAUUUGGCAAAGAUUGAGGGACGGAGCUGUGGCGUUGACCCCUGGCAUGAAGAUGAUCGCAAGACCAAGCAGGCCUGGGUUGACCAAUGCGGAGCCCCAAUCCUCCCGCAAAGGAAAAGGGGGCAGAUUGACCGCAAACAAAAAGGGGGAGAUGGACGAAAGAAUGGAAGCAUAAGAAAGUCAAUCAAGAAAUCAUGGCGGAGAAAGAGAAAUAGAAAGAGAAAGAAUCUCCCCAAUUAGGGCACGGACCAGAUCAUCAUCAUCAUCGCCGAUCUCCGCCGGCAGGGGAUUGCUGAAGACGAUCGAGUCGCUGCCCUCUCCUCCACACUCCUCCUUGAUAGCCGGCAGCUCGCUCUCGUCCCACUCGUCUUCCACCGGCAGCGGCGCCCCGUACUGGGCGCCGUUCUGCGGCCCCGGCCCCCUCUUCUGAAAUAUCCGACAGACCACAAACCCAUCCUGGAGAAGAGAAGAAAAAAGAAAGGGGGUGAGCGGCGGCAGCACAGUCAAAUACUCACAAAUCGGAGGUGGGCGACUCAGAACGGCCACCUGUGGGAGGGCGGCGGCGGCGAGGUGGGCGUCGUGGAGGCGGUACUCGUGCAUGACCCAGUUGGUGCGCUGGCCCUUGGGAGCGCGGCCGGCGUGGAAGACGAGCGUCUUCUUCAUGCCGAUGAUCCGGCCGGCGCGGGAGAUGGGGCGGUCCUUGCCGGUGGUCUUCCAGUAGCCGGCGCCGGUGGCGCGGUUGGUGCGCGAGCGGUUGGCGUACUUCCUGUCCAGCGCGCUGAAGAAGUACCACUCGGUGUCGCGGCUCUGUAUGCGCGACUUCCCGGGGAGGUCCCACGGCUCCGUCUUGUAGAGGUCGAUCUCCGAGAUGGCGUCCACGCGGAAGGGCCGCCCCAGGACCUUCCGCUUCAGGUAGUAACCCACCAGCUCCUCGUCCGUCGGGUGGAAGCGGAACCCCGGCGCUAGGGCGCCACCGCCCUCCGCCGGCGCCGCGGGCGAGGGGCUGUUGCUGCUGCUCCCGCCGCUCAUCGUCUCCGGCGGGCAGCAGCGGCGGCGGUGAGGCGGCGACGGGUAGAUCCGAUCCUCCGCCUGGGAGUGGCGGUGUGGUGCGCCGCGGACCACAAUGCGACUUGGGGGAGAUGGGGGCUCUUCUCCUCUCCUUUUGAUGGACUACCCACUCGGCUAAUCAUGUCGUGAGCCUGACGACAGCCGACGGUCAUAGGAGCUGGUACUUUUUUUUUUUGACGUGAGAAAUAAAACUGGAGCGAUGCUCGACGGAAUCGGAUUUACCAGCGGUGAGAUGAAAAAGGAGAUAAAUUUAAUGGACGAGCUUUUCAGAUAAUUAAUGCGUUCACAUGCCGAUUUAUUUCUCUUUUUUAUUUUAAAUUGGAAAUCUCUCGUAUUAAUUACGAGGACUUUUCCAGCGGUGCUAAGCGGAUUUUUAUAAUCAAACUUUGAGCGAAUCUCAGUGACUAAAUACACGAUAAAUCCAUUGGAAUGGGUUUUUUUUUUAAAAAAAAGGGGGUCUUCAAGAGAUUGAAUUUGAUAAUAAAAACCGUUCCUAUAUUAAAAAAUGGUGAAUUUUUCCCAUUUAUUAGGAACCUAAUUGGGUACCCACCCUUCCCACCUCCCCAACCCAAAAAAUUAAAUUAAAUUAAAUUAAAUUAAAGGGACUACAGUUGUUGUAGUUCUGAGUCGUCGGGAAAUCAACCGAAAAUAGGAAUCGGUGAAUCGGAGUUGGAGAGGACUAACUUGCCCCGGAUGCGCGAGUUUGAUGAACUCAGAUGAUGGCUCGGCGAAUCACGUGAGACCCGCUUUCGGAUGAACUCGGAGAAAGUGGGUUGACUUAUUCGAGUAAAAUAGGCGGCCGAAAGGUGGGAAGGAACCCUGCCCGCUUAACUUUUAUCCCCAACGGUUAUGAGAUUGAGGGAUUAGAAGUUCACUCAAGUAAGCCCAUGAGAGAGAGAGAGAGAGAGAGAGGGAGAGAAGGGAGGGAGGGAGGGUUCUCUGGGAUAAAUUAUAAUUUGGAAAGGAGGCGAGGUUGACUUUUCCAACGGCUCAUCGAACCGUCCCUAUAUUCACCCACCCACCCACCCUUGUUUCACUCCCACCUAAUCGCGUCCGCGUCCGUCCGUCUCUCUCUCUCUCUCUCUCUCUCUCUCUCUGUGCCCCGCGUCCGUCUGCGCGUGCGUCUCUCCCCCCGUCCGUUUCUGUCUCAUCCGUUCCGAGAGGUGCGUGGAGCUUCUCAUUGCGUCUCUCCGUCCCUCUUUCAUUCCGCCCGAGAGGUGGCUUGACCUUCUGAUUACCUCCAUCUCUGAUUAUUUUUUUAUAUCAGGGAUUUCCUAUUUUUGAACUGGAGAGAUAUCGUCAAACGAACGACUAAUAAUAGAGAAAAAUACUACGAAACCCACUUAAAAUGCCCCCCUAUAAUCUCAUUUUCCCAGCAUAAUCUAGGAAUUUAUUCGAAUAACUAGUCAUUCCCCACCUUAAAUUUGCUACAUUAUUGAACAUGCUAUUUGUGAGUAUCCAGUAUAAGUAAAUCUAUUCUCAGGACGACCACUAUUAAUUUUUUUUUAAUAUAAUUAAUGCUUAUCUUAACGGUUUAAUUAGCAUUUUCUAGAGUUAUCAGUAUUUACCCUAAUUGAAUCCAUGUCUUCAGAGAAGUCAUUUAUAAAAUAUCAUAUUUUAUUUUUUAAAAACGAUUUCAGCAAUUAUUUACCUUUCAUACUCAUAUAUAUAUAUAUAUAUAUAUAUGAGCAUCAAGACAUGCAUUUUUAACAUUCCUCAGUUGAUAAUUUUUUUUAUGGUCAUCGUAUAUUUCGGAAUAUUAUUAUAAAAAUUGAACGAAUUAUUAUAUACUUGGUGAAAGUAUCCAGGAAAAGAAGGGUAUUUUCGAGAACAGAUUACUAAUUAACCCUCUGUGAGAAAUCAAUUGACAGGAACAUCCCAUGAAGAAUUGGAUUCUUGGACCACUCUCGAAGAAGUGAAUCCAAAAAUAAGAAACUCUCUAAUCAAAUUUGAAGGAAUCAGCAAAAUAUCGUAGACAUUAUUUUCCAUGUCUCAUCCUUCAAGCAAAUGCAAGCACUCUGGCAGGGGAAAACCCAGAAGGGAAAAUAAUAAUAAUAAUAAUAAUAAUAAUAAAAUCAUCCUUAAAAGCAUGCCUAUGAAGCAAUCUCAGCCGACCAUGAACUGAAAACCUGCAUCAUCAGCUCAUGAUCGCAGCAGCUCUGCUCCUCGCUUCCCCCUUCCUCAUUUCCACUCAUUUUCUUUCAAGAUGUUUCUCAGGUACCUGCACCAAGAGCAACAUCAUUCAAAGAGCAAGCCUUGAUUGCGCUAUAGAGGUUGAUACCAAGAGUCUGAUUUACCCAAUACAGGUUACAGAGAAGCGCACACACACAAGAGCUAUGGUGGUUCGCACUCAACACCAGAGCAACGUCCACUUGCUUCUGCAGGUUUUCACCAUCAAUCUUAAAGAGUUACAGAGUGCCAUCUCACCGCUGGCUACACCAAAAAUGCGCCUCUGCAGGACGAGAAUCAGGGCCAGCCUUUUGGGCGGGGGUUGGCAGAAUGCUAAAAAUAACCCUGAAUAGAGUACAUUCACAGGGCAAGAGAGAUUUUCGGCCAUGGGUCAAGGCAAUAAUUAGCAACCCCUUCUGAUGGUCACCAGUGAUGGUCAGGGAGGGCUGUGGGAGAAAGGGGAGUGCUUGUAGGAAAAAGAGAGCAGAGGGCGGAGAAGGUGGCCAGGUCAACGCUGAUGAUGUGUUGGGGGUCACUACACACUGCUUUGUGGGUGGGGGGAGAAGCUUCCAAGGUUCAGAGGCCAGCUGAAGUUACCUGGGCCAUACAUGCACCUUCUGUUUUGGUGUUUUGCUAUCCUAGAAAGCAGUGCUAUUGAAAACAGUCUGAAAGAAGCAGAGCUCCAUCUGCAGAUAGAAUGGAAGAAGGAAUCCCAGAUGUUGAAAUAUAGGCGCAGAGUGUAAUGUAUGCAUCUUUUAAUUUUUCGGAGGAAUCCAGAUCCAUCAGGAGUCAUACUAUCUGUGGCAGCCAAUCCAAGAGAUUCAGGAAAUGGAGCUAUCUGUAGAACAGGCGUCGAUUUCCUUACACCACUGAAGAACUAGCUCAAAAAGGCCAGCCCUAAUGGCUUCAAUAAACAACAGAAUCAUUGGCCAUAAGAAAAAAAAGGCCUCUUUUCUCAAUGCCGUAGUGAGAACUAGAAGGAAGGCCUGAUCAGUAGCACAGAAAAAAAAAAGAAAAAAGAGCAAGAGCAAGAGCAAGCAGCAGAAGACUAUAUGCAAGAAAGUUUAACCCAUUAGGGGGUCAAUGUGUUGAGGAUUCAAAAGACGAUGCAGAGUCCUUCUGCACAGAACCGGGAAAGGCAGCUGCUGUCUUCACCACGGGAAUCAAUAUUUGACGAUAAUGAGAACUGGGCCUCAUGAUUCCGUCACUGUAGAGGCCCGAUGGGGUAACACAACACAGGAGAACCGGGCCAGAGUGUUGUCCUAAGUCAGCCAAUCUAUGAGAAGUCAAGUGAUUCCAGGCUAAAGUUGCGAUUUUAGAAGAAAAUUCAAAGGGGGGGACUUGUCCCUCCCUCGAAACCGGAUCAGAAAAGAUCAAUCCUGAUCUUAUCAGUCACAAAGGAAAACCUGUAAUGGGUGUUCCAAAUAAAUUUCAUCGGCUCUCUCUCUCUCUCUCUCUCUCUCUCUCUCUCGUAGACAAUUUAUCACAGGGUAAAAGUUUAAUUGAGAUGCAGUACAGAAAGUUGAGAAAAUAUGAGGCAGACAAAGGAAUCAGAAUGAAAUGGAAACAAUAAAAGAAUAUGCAAUUCAAUUAAUGGCCAUCACAUUUCCUCCCAAGAUUUCUCAACCUACGACCGAGCAAGCAUAUCAAGGAUAUAAAAGAAGACCUACGUCUCUUAGGAUCCUCUGAUGGAUGCGAGUCUCGCUCUCGGGAUUGCAUCACCCAGCUGUUCCACCGCAACCCAUCAAGUCUCAAACCCCAAUAUAGCCCAUGAACAGAAGCGCAAUAAGGUGCCAAAGAACGGGGACUCGAAGCGCAUAUCAAUGGACAUCCCCAUGCAUUACGUCAAUCAUCAAUGCCAAAUAAGAUCAAAUCGAGACAAAAACACUAGUCUGCUUAUGAUGCAUACAUCUAUAGAAAGGUUUACAAGGAGAAGAUGAAGAAGAAGAAGAUGAUGAUGAAGAAGAAAAUACCCUGAGAAAUCUCACAACAAGCUCUAGCGUUGAACGACAAGUGAGACGCAAGGCGGGAGGCCGCCACCGCGCUGUGCAACGGCAACAGAGAAAAUGCGCCGCCCAGAGCCGCCGCAGGCCUGAAAACAAGGAAAAGGCAUGAACACGACUCUAUAAAGAGCAGCUAAUUCAGGUCGUAAGGUCCCGCGAGGUUUGGCUCCGAGGAUCCCGACCUGGCAGCCACAACGUUGAGGCGGCGGCGCCGCCCGAGCAGACUCGCUCCAGGCACUUGGGGCCGGUGACUGGGAGCAGGAGCGGGGGACCGCAGCGAGGAUCUCGCGGCGGCGUAUACCGACCGGGAGAACGAACCUCGGAAAGCCAUCGCCUUCCUCUGCAAAAGACCGCGACAAGGCGACGGAAGAAGAGGAGAAAAAAAGCCAAAAAUCUUAGGAGACAGCGUGGCCAGGCCAGAUGGGCCAAUAAUGUAGGCCCACAUAUAGCUCUUUGGGCCCCCUCUAAUGGGCUAGUCUUCGAGAAGUGUGCUUUAUGUUUUUUGCGUUAUUUCCGUCAUCAAUUAAUGGGCCAAAGCCCAAAUAAGAUACAGGUAGCGAGCGAGAGAGAGAGAGAGACAGAGAGAGAGAGAGAGCGUAAUCGUUUAAAGCUUAUUAAGAUUGGAGCCCAGGGGUGCUUUUGUGUUGACUUGUUCAAGUCCUGGUCAAUGCUGUGGGUCAACCACGACGAAAGCCGUACCAAGGCCAAAAGUCAAACCCAUGACCUGUGCCGCCACCUCCACCGCCGCCGCCGCCGCCGCCGCCUCCCCAGCCGUACGCUCCUCCGCCUUGGCCGCCUCCAGAGCCGUAGCCAUAACCCCUUCCGAACCCAGAGCCACCGUCGUUAACACCUCCUCCACCUUCUCCUCCUCCUCCCCCGCCGCCGCCUCCCCAGCCGUCCCUUCCUUCGCCAUAUCCAGAACCUCCACCCUGCCCCCAGCCAUGCCAUCCUCCUCUUCCUCCUCCGCCACCUUCUUCUCCUCCUCCGCUACCACCUUCUCCUCCUCCGCCGCCGCCGCCGCUGCCGCCGCCUCCCCCCUCCGCCGAACCAUAGCCAAAGCCGCUACCGUAACCGUACCCAAACCCGCCACCAAACCCAUACCCCCCACCACCGCCACCACCACCACCGCCACCACCACCACCACCACCACCGCCACCACCCCAGCCACCGCCAGAACCGUAACCAGAGCCAUAGCCGGAGCCUCCUCCUCCUCCUCCUCCGCCACCGCCACCGCCACCGCCGGAACCGUAA